AUGCCGGAUGCCUCUAUUCGUAUUGGGCUCCUAAUCCUGUGCAUAUUGACCCUUGGGCUCUCGUUCGGUGUGGGUAGCACGACUCUCCUAUCUGUCUCCGGAGACCAGGCUCAUGCGCAGGAUGCUAAUUUGCUGAAAAAUGUGGAGACGGAAAGCGCUGGCGAUGAAAUUUCUGCUUCCCGUCCGGACAACAAGGAAUUGGUGCCGUCUUACCGCCUCCAUCCCUCAAACAGACUACUGCUGUUGCACAAGGAUGGAAAGAUCUCAUCUUACGGGCUUGAUAAUGGGGUGCCAAUGUGGACUGUAGAUACAGGCGGAGAUAUGUUGCGUGUAGAGAUUGAGAAGCAUCCGACUGAACGAGUAAUUCGUCAAGAUCCUCUUGCGCUCCCUUUUCUACUGGAGGGCGGCAUGCUUUUUACGAGACGUUGCGUGGCGCCAUUUGGGUGCAAGAAGCAGAUGCCAGAGCGUUGUUUUGACAGAAAAGGGAUAGAGGUGGAAACGCGUCCCGAAGCAAGGCCUGGUGAAGCGAAAACUAGAAGCGGCUCAGGGGAUUCAUGUGAAAUACCCUUUUCAUCAACGCAUCCACGAUGCUUUAUGAAUCUCUCAACGCUAAUAGAAAAGAAACAUGUACAAGUUGGCGAAACGGAUAUAUUUGUUACUACAUCAGCGCACAUUAUGGAUGUGGAUAGUAAUGAUGGAAAACCGGUACCGGAAACAAACUCACUUUUCUCUUAUCUACAUGUUGUACGAUAUGACUUUACUGUCCAUGUGCGACGUCCCGGUGAAUACAGUUGGCAUAUGAGUAUUGCUCAAUACAAGCUCUCUGAAAAAUCUCCUCUGCAAAGUUCCGAAGAAAAUUUAAGUGACCAUGAUCCACUUUUUGUCUCUCGUGUGCUUCAGAGCCUGCUUCAAAAGGGGGAUUGUGGCGACAAUGAAUAUGUCCCUUCAACGAAUGAAGAGAACACUGUUGACAAGGUAAAUAUUGAGCCAGUUGUGGAAGAGGGUUCUCAUAACGAUAUUCGUAAUAAGCAAUUGAUGAUCCGAGAAGUUGAUAGGAAUACGUACGUCCUUUGGAGCGAAUUAAAGCAUGCUCCUGUUUGGUCAUCCGUCGUAAACCCUCUCAGUACGGUCAUGUCGGCUUUUGUGUGGUUCUCAGACAGGGGCAAGGUGCAUUCUCUUCCUGUUUACCGUCUUGAAACACCAAGGAGCAUCGCGGAUACGGUUGAGAUUUUAGAGCCGGAAAACACGGACUCCCUAUAUCUCCCAUCUUCUCUCAACAGCGACCAGCACCGGAGCAAAAUGUCCUUUAAUUUGCAUGGAUUUCCCAAUACGUGGGAAUUCGACAUUGUUGCCGAUGAGCUUGAACUCCGUGAGCUUCAAAACUUAUAUCAACAGUGUUCUUGGAUUCAUGGGUGUGAUGGCUCAUCUGGGAAUAUACCAAAUCAUUCUCCCAAUCAAAGAAAUCCUGCAAUGUCCUCACAAAUGUCGCUUGUAAGCCGCUUCCCGUUGUCUCACACAGAUACAGGGAAUACAUUGCUCUUACUGUUUAACGUCUCCUGCUAUGUCGUUUCGUUUCUAUCAGCAUUUUUGGCCGUAAUCUUCCGCUGGUACUUGUGGAAUACGACGGGCGUUGGGCCAGACGCCUUUGUGGAUCGCAUCAGUAAUUCUUCUAGGCCGGGCUCGAUAAAAAUGAAACCACUGGAUCCCAAAAUCUCUGCGCCCCAAAGUGUGAAAUCCAUUGACAGCGCAUACAAAGAAUUGGAGGCGUCUCAUGCCACGGAGGACGGAAGGAGUUUUGAUUCCAUCACUCCACUUGCGGAAGCUGAAAUGCUCCCACCGAGCACAGUAAACGUGGUGGGAACAAACUCAAUGCAUCAUGUAGAUUCAUGGUGGCGAUACUCGGGAGAUGACGAAAUUUCCAUAAGUGACAAACCCAGCAGUGAGUGUCGCAUUCAACCGAAUUCAAAUGUGUCAUCUCAACUUUUUCAGCAGCAGUUCCAAAAGCCCGAAAAGAUUGGAUCCGGAGCAGAAGGAAGCGUUUUCCGUGUGAAGCACCAAUUUACAGGCGUUUCCUACGCCGUCAAGGCUAUUCGUAUACCAGAUGACAAUGAGAUAUACAUCCAAGAAGCCGUGCUGCAUAGCACAUUUGAUUCGGUUAAUGUUGUGCGCUUUUUCAAUGCCUGGAUUGAACGUGUGCCCCGGAACUUUGCGGAGACGCUUGGCAUUCUUCAUCGUGAUGACACCAUGGACAACAUCUCAGCGGAAACGCUGGAGAGUUUUCACGAAACACCUUUUACGGAAUCUGCCUCCAGUGAUGCCUGUUAUACCGUGCUGUUUAUUCAAACGGAGUGGUUUGAGCGCGGCACUCUGGCAGACCACUUUGUUAGGAGAAAAGGGUUUACUCGUUUGGAGAAUUUAAAACAUCUUCUUCAAAUUUCUGAGGGACUUCAGUAUCUUCACUCGCAGUGCGUGGUGCACUGUGAUCUCAAGCCGAGAAAUAUUUUUAUGUCUGACUCUGGGAUUAUGAAAAUUGGGGAUUUUGGGCUUUCGAGAAAAAAUCGUAAGCGGCCCCAUAAAUUGCGCGGGGAUGCCGAUGGGUUUACAUCCAACUCGGAAGCAGGUGACGAGGGACACGCCAUUGCCGCCUUUACUCCUCUUUACUGCAGUCCGGAACAGAAACGUGGGGAUGCUGCAACCACCGCGAGCGAUAUUUACUCUUUGGGGUUGAUCGCUCUUGAGUUUUACUGUGUUUUCACCACGCAGCAUGAGAGGUUUUGCACACUGGGCGAAGCACGCCAGGGUGUAUUUCCAAAGGAGUUUGCGGAUACGUAUCCGGUGGAGAGGGCCCUCUUUCAGAAAAUGUUGUCGGAGGACGAGAGUUGUCGUCCAUUGAUGAAGGAUAUCGUUAAAGCCCUGCGACAGGGAAUUAAGGAGGAGGAGGAGGUGAUGGAUGGGUUGAUCAUGCGGUCUAAGACGCUUAGCCCAAUUGACGAGUACGAAUCCUCAAAUCCCGCGUCUCCACUGGAAAAAUUCAAAGAGAAGGGAAAAUUAACACGGGUCGCUCCAAAAUUUACCAGAUUAUCUUUGAGCUCGCUGGAAUCCACAGAGUUUACUCAAAACACAUGA